AUGCUCCGGAGAAGGCUGACUCGUCUGUUUGGAGGUGAUGAGAGAAGAGUGGACAGCAGGACUGUUUAUGUUGGUAAUCGGUCGAGUUCGGACACUGAGGGGUUCAUCCCUCCAAAGUUUUGUGACAACAGAAUCGUGUCUUCUAAAUAUACAGUGUGGAACUUUCUACCAAAGAAUCUUUUUGAACAAUUUAGAAGAAUUGCUAAUUUCUACUUUCUUAUCAUCUUUCUGGUUCAGGUGAUAGUGGACACACCCACCAGCCCAGUCACCAGUGGCCUACCUUUAUUUUUUGUCAUAACAGUUACUGCUAUAAAGCAGGGCUAUGAAGACUGGCUGCGCCACAAGGCUGAUAAUGAAGUUAAUAAAUACCUUGUAACUGUGCUAGAAGAUGGUCAAAGAAUAAGAAAAGAGAGUGAAAAGAUCAAGGUGGGGGAUGUUGUAGAGGUGGAGGAAAACGAGACCUUUCCCUGUGAUCUAAUACUGCUGCAAUCCAGUCGUGAUGAUGAGACAUGCUUUGUUACUACUGCGAGUCUAGAUGGAGAGUCCAAUCAUAAAACACACUACACAGUGCCAGACGCAGUGAAGGAUCUGGAAUCUCUCUGCGCCACCAUCGAGUGUGAACAGCCUCAGCCUGACCUUUACAAAUUUGUUGGCCGCAUGCAUAUUUAUAAGAACGAUCAGGAGACUUUAGUAAGGUCGCUGGGUCCAGAAAAUCUACUGUUGAAAGGUGCCACUUUAAAGAAUACUCAGAAAAUCUGUGGUGUAGCAGUUUACACAGGCAUGGAAACAAAAAUGGCUCUCAACUAUCAAGGAAAGUCUCAAAAGCGUUCUGUUGUGGAAAAGUCCAUCAAUGCCUUCCUUUUGGUUUACCUCUUUAUAUUGGUGAGCAAGGCUCUUCUUUGCACCAUACUCAAAUAUGUGUCGCAGAGCAAGCAUGGACAGGAUGAGCCCUGGUAUAAUGAGAAAACCAAAAAAGAAAAGGAUACCAAUCUGUACCUAAAAAUGUUCACGGACUUCCUGUCCUUCAUGGUGCUCUUCAACUUCAUUAUCCCAGUGUCCAUGUAUGUGACAGUGGAGAUGCAGAAAUUCCUUGGAUCUUUUUUCAUAACAUGGGACAGAGAUUUCUUUGACAAUGAAAUAAAAGAAGGAGCACUGGUUAAUACGUCAGAUCUCAAUGAGGAGCUUGGGCAGGUGGAGUAUGUCUUCACAGACAAGACUGGUACCCUUACCCAGAACAACAUGGAGUUCAUAGAGUGCUGCAUUGAUGGAUUCCAGUACAAGCAUCGAGACGCCAGUACAGAGCUGGACGGCUUCUGUGUCACAGACGGACCUGUGAGCAAACUGCAGCAGAAGGCUGGCAGGGAAAAAGAAGAGUUGUUUCUGCGUGCACUGUGCCUGUGUCACACGGUUCAGGUCAAAGAGUCGACAGAACAGUGUCUUAAUCUGGUGGACGGUUUGGGAAUAGAUAGAGAGAUGCCACAGACACAGGAGCAGGGAGGCUUUAUCGCCUCCUCUCCUGAUGAGAUUGCUCUGGUGAAGGGGGCCAUGAGAUAUGGCUUCACGUUUCUGGGACUUGAGAGCAAAACAAUGAAAAUACUGAAUAGAAAGAAUGAUGUAGAAAGGUAUGAACUUCUUCAUGUAUUGAAUUUUGAUCCUGUGAGAAGACGGAUGAGUGUAAUAGUCAGAUCAUCUUCAGGGGACACACUACUUUUCUGCAAAGGGGCAGACUCUUCCAUUUUUCCUCGUGUCAGACAAGAAGAAGUCGAGAGGAUACGUCUGCAUGUGGAGCGCAAUGCAACAGAGGGGUACCGUACCCUUUGUGUGGCCUACAAGCUGCUGAGUGCAGGGGAGUUUGAACAGGCAGAUGCCGGGCUCCGAGAAGCCAGGCUUGCUCUCCAGGACAGAGAGGAGAAGCUCAUGGCUGUGUACAAUCAGGUGGAGACUGGGAUGAGUCUCAUAGGAGCCACUGCUGUUGAAGAUCGGCUGCAAGAGGAAGCCGCAGAAACAAUGGAAGCACUGCAGGGUGCAGGCAUGAAAGUUUGGGUUCUAACUGGAGACAAAAUGGAGACUGCUAAGUCGACCUGUUACGCAUGCCGCCUGUUUCAGAAAAACACAGAACUCUUAGAGCUGACAGUGCGAACACUAGAUGAUGAGGUCAGAAGACGUGAGGAGAAACUUCAUGACCUGCUGCUGGAAUAUCAUAAAAAGGCUGUCCAAGAUGCACCACCUGUCAAAGCAGGCAUCACCAGGAGCUGGUCUUCUGCUAGUCAAGACUAUGGCUUUAUUAUUGAUGGGGCAUCUUUGUCAAUGAUUUUGAACUCUUCCCCGGACUCCAGCAAUAAUCGCUAUAAGUAUCUGUUGUUGCAGAUUUGUCAAAACUGCACUUCUGUGCUUUGUUGCCGUAUGGCUCCUCUACAGAAAGCACAGAUUGUGAAAAUGGUGAAAAACUCCAAGGGCAGUCCUAUUACGCUCUCUAUUGGUGACGGUGCAAAUGAUGUCAGCAUGAUUCUGGAAGCCCAUGUUGGCAUUGGUAUUAAGGGGAAAGAGGGUCGCCAGGCUGUGAGAAACAGUGAUUAUGCCAUUCCAAAAUUAAAGCACCUCAAAAAGCUGCUUCUCGCUCAUGGUCAUCUUUACUAUGUUCGCAUCGCGCAUUUGGUGCAAUACUUUUUUUACAAGAACCUGUGUUUCAUCCUACCCCAGUUUUUGUAUCAGAUUUUUUGUGGAUAUUCGCAGCAGCCCUUGUAUGAUGCAGCCUAUCUCACAAUGUACAACAUAUGCUUCACUUCGAUGCCCAUCCUGGCCUACAGCCUGUUGGAGCAGCACACCUGCAUCGAGGUUCUGUUGGACAAUGCUACCCUCUACAGAGAGAUUGCCAAAAAUGCCAUGUUGCGUUGGAGGCUUUUUCUAUAUUGGACAGUCCUGGGUCUGUUUCAUGGGCUUCUCUUCUUCUUUGGUGUAUGGUAUUUGUUUCAAAACCCAGCGCUGCAGGAUAAUGGCCAGGUCUUUGGAAACUGGUCUUAUGGGACUAUUGUGUUCACUGUGCUUGUUUUUACUGUGACACUAAAGCUUGCAUUGGACACCCGACAUUGGACAUGGAUCAAUCACUUUGUCAUUUGGGGAUCUUUGGCUUUCUACAUGUUUUUCAGUUUUUUCUGGGGAGGGAUUAUAUGGCCUUUCCUAAGGCAGCAGCGCCUGUACUUUGUCUUUGCAAACAUGCUCAGUUCAGUGUCUGCCUGGCUGGUCAUCAUCCUGCUCAUUCUGCUCAGCCUCCUGCCUGAGAUCCUGCUGGUGGUGUUCCGAAGGCCCCGCGGACCCCGCUCACGACAGAAAGCAGUGGUUGAUUCGAUCGAGUACUGUCACUUAACCAGCCUUCAGAAAGUGACCCCCUUCAAACACCCAGAUUGCACCCGUCACACCACUCUCCUACAAGUGUUUGAGGGAAGGCGAGUGAUGGCUCGUCAGGAAAAGCAGCAGCAGCAGCUUCUAGAACUCAAGGUCAGAACCACUGCAAACUGGACCGGAGGUGGGCUGCCAUCCCCCUGGACCAUGGUUGUGUCGGUCAGGACUCUGAGGAAGAGGUAG